UUUCCAGAUAAAACAUAUAUAUAGCUAUAAUUGAAAAGAUGAUGCGUAUGUGGCCUCAUCGCUUGUUAUUUACAAACAAAGCAAAGCGAUAAGCUUGACCAGCUGGCUUUAUUUUAUUUUAUUUAUUCCAUGGGGUUGAUUGUGAAGGAUUUUCGAAAUUAUUAUUAAACCUAACGAACUCAGAAUCCAUUCGCCCUCUUUUAUUGGAGCUGCAAUCUUGGCUUGCACUUAAAAAAAAAAUAUUCUACCGGGAAUACUGGUCUAUGGAAAUGCUCGAGCAGACCCGCAAGAUCAGGUUUAGGAGUGUAUUGUCUGCAGAACAAAGGAGGAAGGAUAUAUCUUCCAAGCUGAAAGCGCGCAAUUUGUGACCGAAGAGGACAGUUUUAGGAUACAGGUGGCUUCUGGGGCAGCGACUGGCCGAGGCCCGUGGCAAGAGGGAGGCCAGGCCGCGUGACGGGGUGGGCGGCGGCCCAUGUUAUUUGAGCGGGCUGCCGAGGCCUUGGCGACGGCGGAGCCCACCAUGCAGAAGGCCGCCUACUACGACAACGCGGGCCUCUUCGGGGCCUACGGCGGCUACAGCAAAGCGGACGCCUACGGCUACCCGCCGGGCCCUCCUCAGCCCUACGCCCAGCCCGCCCUGGACACUGACUACCCAGGCUCGGCCUGCUCGCUCCAGGGAGCCGCCGCCGCCGCCAUCCGGGCGCCUCCGGCCCACAAGAGCACCGAGCUGAGCGGCAGCUGCAUGCGCCCCGCCGGAGGCGCCCAGGGAGUCCCUCAGCAGCCGCCGGGCCUAGCCGAGCAACAACAGCAGCAGCAGCAGCAGCAACCGCCGCCUCAGCAACAGGCUCCGCCCCCCGCGCUGCCGUCGCCCUCGCCGCCCAGCAUCAACCCCGCCCACUCGGUUCCCGCCAAAAAGGGCAAAGGCGGGGCCAACGCCUCGGGCGGCUCCGCGGCCACUAUUAGCAAGCAGAUCUUCCCUUGGAUGAAGGAGUCCCGCCAGAACUCCAAGCAGAAGAGCAGCUGCGCCCCCGCAGGAGAGAACUGCGAGGACAAAAGCCCCCCGGGCCCCGCUUCCAAGCGGGUCCGCACCGCCUAUACCAGCGCGCAGCUAGUGGAGCUGGAGAAGGAGUUCCACUUCAACCGCUAUCUGUGUCGCCCUCGCCGGGUCGAGAUGGCCAACCUGCUGAACCUGACGGAGCGCCAGAUCAAAAUCUGGUUCCAGAACCGGAGGAUGAAGUACAAAAAAGACCAAAAAGCGAAAGGAAUUAUGCACUCCCCGGUAGGGCAGUCCCCAGACCGGAGCCCGCCUUUGAGCGGGCCCAACCAUGUAGGAUACUCGAGCCAGCUGCCCACCGUCAACAGCUUGAGCUACGACGCCCCGUCGCCGACGUCCUUUGCCAAGUCGCAGCAAAACAUGUACGGGCUGGCUGCUUACACGGCGCCUCUCAGCAGCUGCUUGCCCCAGCAGAAGAGAUACCCAGGCGCCGAGUACGACCAUCACGCCAUGCAAGGCAACGGCGGCUUCGCCAACCCCAAUUUGCAGGGCAGCCCCGUCUAUGUCGGAGGGAACUUCGUUGAUUCCAUGCCAGCCUCUGGCCCCAUGUUCAACAUCGGCCACCUCUCUCAUCCUUCAUCUGCCAGCGUGGACUACAGCUGCGCUGCUCAGAUCCCAGGCAACCAUCACCAUGGACCUUGUGACCCCCAUCCCACGUACACAGAUCUCACUUCUCACCACACAUCUCAGGGAAGGAUUCAAGAGGCGCCCAAACUGACGCAUCUGUAGUAGACUGGAACGCAUUCAGAAAGAAAGAGAGAGAGAGAGAGAGAGAGGAAGAGAGAGAGAGAAAGCGAGAGAGAGAGAGAUUGAAAUGCAUUCGCGUUUAAAUUACCUCACUUUGCCCCUGACGUUGCAGUAUUACUUUGAGUAUUAUAGUGGGGGUUUUUUGUGUGUGUGUCCCUGGUAGAAGCUACCUAUUUCUUGUUUUCUUUGGCGACCGAGUCCAUGAAAAUUAUUUCCGCCCCACCCCGUUGUCCUCUUAAAUGUUUUAGCCGUUUAAAAGCAUGGCAGUGCAAUAUCCUUAACAAAAAAAUUAACUAAAUCUAAACAUUCCCUCAAGGGAGUAAUAAUUGGUAACGAUGUACUGGAAGGUAAGUUGUAGAAAUCCAUUAGAACUAGGCGAAAGUGAGUCCUGAUGAGGCGUUUACAACAUUUGGGACCAAAACGGAGACUUAUUUCGAGAGUUAUAAUUUAUAAUAUUUUUUCUCCAGCAAUGUGAAAGAUUGCUUUGGACUUAAAUAAGAUGUAUUUAUUAUUUUAAGAGGGACCAUUUUUUUUUGUUUCAUUGAUUAUUUAAUGCUGGUCUUCAGUGUAUUUAUGUGGAUAUUUGUAGAGUUUCUUCACACACCCUUUCCCCCUUAACUUGGGAAGAUUGAUUCAGGUCUUUGGUGACUAUACAUUUUCACCUAUUUAGUAUAUUUGGUCUGAAAUAGAAAGAGUAGUUUUGAACAGUUGUAACAGUGGCUGGUGUUUGUAGUUUAUGUAAGGAUUAAGCAAAUUGUAAGUCAUAGAUUAAUACAAAAACUGAAACAUUACACAAAAGAGCCGAUACAUUUUUUAUUUUAAUAUAUAUAUAUAUAUAUAUCACAUGUUUAUUUAUUUCAGAUUGUUUGGUAUGGUUUUAGUUAGCAUUAAAAGCUACCUUAUAUCUCAUAUAUUGUUAUAUUCUGCUAUAUAGUGGCCAGUCAACUGUUUGGUCUUUGACCAACUUCUGCAUACAUAAAUUGGUUCCUUCCUAUCUGUUGCACACACCAUUUCGUCUGGUUGCUUGUUGUUUAUAAUUUUAAAGUCUAAAAUAUGAAACACCUUCAGACUGACGUUUAGGAACAAUAUAAUACUGUUGAUGUAAUUAGGAUUUUCUUAGCAAUUCAGGCUAAAACUGUUGUUUCAGUUAUUAUUUUUGUUAUUAUUAUUAUUAUUAUUUAUAUGAUAUGAUAUUUAUGCUAACCAUAAAUCAAUUUUGUACAAGUCACUGGAAACCCGAACUUACUUUUGCUGAACAGGGAGGGGAGGGAAAGAGAAGAAGAAGAAGAAGAAGAAGAAGAAGAAGAAGAAGAAGAAGAAGAAGAAGAAGAAGAAACUUUGAAUGAAAUAUUGACAAUCAAGUAUCUACAAAGGAAAGACUGCAUAGGGUUUAGGAGACGAAGUCCUUUUGAAAUGCUCAGAAUGGCUUU